AUAAUAAAGGACUGGCUCAACCUGUUACUAUUCGUCACCACUAGCCCAAACAGUUGCUGUAUUUUUCUCUGUUUGCGAGGUUCGCAAAAGGGCAAAACACAGGCCUGCACUGUAGCAGCGCCGACCCGCUAAACAAUGAACGCACCACCGGCCUUCGAGUCAUUCCUUCUCUUCGAGGGAGAGAAGAAGAUCACGAUCGAGAAAGACACCAAAGUCCCGAACGCUGCCAUCUUCACGGUGAACAAGGAAGACCACACGCUCGGCAAUAUGAUUCGGGCCCAACUUCUCAAGGAUCCCUGCGUGCUCUUCGCGGGAUACAAGGUGCCCCAUCCACUGGAACACAAGUUCAUCCUGCGAGUGCAGACGACGCCCGACAGCACGCCGCAGGAAGCCUUCACAAACGCCAUCACGGACCUCAUCAGCGAACUGUCCCUGCUUGAGGAACGGUUCAAGGAGUCCGUCCGUGAAAAACACGACGGUCUGGACUAGGACCCGUCGCCGCCGAAAACCCUCUCGAUCCAGACUUUUUUCUCCGUGAAGCUGCUGUUUGUGAUUCACCAACAGCGGUCACUUAGCCAAAUAAAACCCCGUAUCAUCAUCA